AUGCUGUGGCCCCGGCUGGUGGCCGCCGAGUGGGCUGCGCUGGCCUGGGAGCUGCUGGGCGCCUCGGUGCUGCUGCUCGCGGUGCGCUGGCUGGUGCGGCGGCUGGAGAAGCGGCCGCGGGGCCAGGGCCGGAGCUCGCUCCCCGCCCCGCCGUCCCGCGCGGCCACGGACCCUGACUCGGACCCAGGUACAAUGACAAUGGAUGCCAUCUUAGCGCGACUAAAACUCCUAAAUCCAGAUGACCUUAGAGAAGAAAUUGUCAAAGCCGGAUUGAAAUGUGGACCCAUUACUGCAACCACAAGGUUCAUUUUUGAGAAAAAAUUGGCUCAGGCUUUAUUAGAGCACAGAAGACCCCUUCCAUCACACCCUCCCUACCAGGCCACCAUAGGAAGCACGGCAGAGCAGGUCAGCUUUUCUGAAGACAGAGAUUUUGGUUACAGAGUGGGCUUGAGCCCUCCGGAGGAAGAGACCCUGAAGUCUGAGACCUGCUCCGUGGCCUUCAGUGCUGUGCCUGGCGUUGACGGCCCCAAAACUGGGGAGAGGGCGUCUGCUGAGCCGCCUCUGUACUAUGGGGUGUUCCCGGCCUACGAGGAUUCCCCAGCGCGAAAUGAAAGAAUUCAUGUUUAUGAAGAUAAAAAGGAAGCAUUGCAAGCUGUCAAGAUGAUCAAAGGAUCCCGAUUUAAAGCUUUUUCAAGCAGAGAAGAUGCUGAGAAAUUUGCUAGAGGAAUUUGUUGUUAUUUUCCUUCUCCAAGCAAAACUUCUUCACAACUUUCUCCUGUGAAAAUAGCAUCACUCUCUAGCAAUGGUGGGGUAAAAGCAACAGAUGGCUUGUGCUUUUCUGAGUCAGAAACCGUAAACAGAGAGCGAGCAAACAGCUAUAAAAAUCCCCGUACGCAAGACCUCACUUCUAAAUUGCGAAAAGCUGUGGAGCAGGGAGACGAAGACACCUUUUCUGACCUUAUCUGGAGUAAUCCUCGAUAUCUGAUUGGUUCGGGGGACAAUCCAACCAUCGUGCAGGAGGGAUGUAGGUACAAUGUCAUGCACGUUGCUGCCAGAGAGAAUCAGGCUUCCAUCUGCCAGCUGACUCUGGAGACGCUAGAGAACCCCGAGUUUAUGCGGCUCAUGUACCCCGAUGACGCCCCGGACAUGCUGCAGAACCGCAUUUGUUACAUCCUCGAUCUGUACUUGAACACACCCGACAAGGGGGGCUACGACACACCGCUGCAUUUUGCUUGUAAGUUUGGGAAUGCGGAUGUGGUCAACGUGCUUUCUUCACACCCUUUGAUUGUAAAAUGCCCACGGAAUAAGUGUGGUAAAACCCCUGAGAACGUUAUUUGUGAAAGAAGCAAGAAUAAAUCUGUGGAACUGAAGGAACGAAUUAGAGAAUAUCUAAAGGGUCACUACUACGUGCCUCUCCUGAGGGCAGAGGACACGUCGUCCCCAGUGAUCGGGGAGCUGUGGUCCCCAGACCAGACGGCCGAGACUACGCACGUCAGCCAUGGUGGAGGCAGCCCCAGGGACCCCGUUUUGACCCUGAGAGCCUUCGCAGGGCCCAUGAGUCCAGCCAAGGCAAGAGAUUUUCGCAGGUUCUGGAAAACCCCGCCUCGGGAGAAAGCAGGCUUCUUCCACAGUAUCCGGAAAUCGGACCCAGAACGGGGCAUGGAGAGAAUGGGAAGGCAGCUGGCUCACGAGCUGGGGUACCCCUGGGUCGAGUACUGGGACUUUCUGGGCUGUUUCGCUGACCUGUCUUCCCAGGAGGGCCUGCAGAAGCUGGAGGAAUACCUCGCACAGCAGGAAGUGGGCAGAAAGGCCCAACGAGACCUAGGAGAAAACGAGGCUUCUGCCUUUGGCUGUCGUGGGAAGUGCAGCGAUCCCAUCUCCGUGAGGGCCUUUCUGGGGGAAGACGGUGACAUGAGCUUGGAAGAGAUUAAAAACCGGCAGAACACAGCUCGGAACCACAGCCAGCCCUCAUCCAGGGCCUCCAGAGGCUCGGGGGGUGACAUCCUGCCCUCGGAGCAGAGGGCGGACCUUAUAGAAGACGCGGCGCGGUCCUGUCCCCCCGGCAGCAGGAACGGCUUCUGCAGCCCCGGGAGCGGGAAGGGGACAGAGGCCGCCAGUGCGGAGGAAGCCCUCUCGUCGCCUGUCUCCGGCUUGACUGUGGAGUUCGAUAAGCUCCAGUUGCAGAAUCUAGGAAGUGGGUUUCCCGAGACACCAAGUGAAAGUGUGAAAAUGAGAGAGGAGGAGAUCCUGACGGCGAGACCAGAAGCGGUGGACAGUGAUGCAGAGCCUCCUGCGGCCGGCAGACUCGGAAGCAAUCAAGCAAGGACAGAAGGCGAGAUAUCAGCGGGCAUUGCCAACAUGUGCCUGGGCCUCCACUGUCCCGGCCAUGAGGCCCAGCACAGCUGCACCUCUGCGUCCUCCGAGCCCUUGGGGGUCACCGCCAGGAAGGAGCCUGUCCGGAGGCUCUUCCUUCUGGGGGAAGAGCCGUCCAAACUGGAUCGCGACGUCUUGGCAGCUCUGGAGUUUGCAGUCCUGGACCCUCAGCAGCACCCUGCCGUGCACAGGUGGAGGAGCGCUGUCCUGGGCUACCCACCCUCCGACAGGCAGAGUUGGCCGAGCCCCUCGAUAAAAGGGAAGCUGACAUCUCAGCUGCCGGAUCUUGAUUGCCCGACGAGCUGCAGCCCAGGAAGAAGUGGUCCCGCGGGGGGCAGCCCCAGGAAGCCCAGCUCUGCCCCCCUCUCCCCCAGUAUGGGCAGCCCGGGGCGCUAUAGCCCUGCCAACGGGUGCCGCCUGCGCAGGAUGGUGCGCCUGGCCCCACACGCAGCCUUGUAG